CCCGGGCCGGCCGCGCGCCGGGAACGCGCGCCGAGGACGCGCUGCGAGGCGCGGCUCGUGGCGCUUCCGGUGGCGGCGGCGGCGCAGAGCGGCGAGGGCGGCGGCGGUGGCGGCGGCGAGUCGCAGGGUCCUCGCCUGACCACAACCGGAAGUCCCUCGAGGUGUGCGGUGGCAUUUUCUCAGUUUCCAGGCAUUAUUCUGCCCAUCACAAGUGCGAGGUCAUCGACAGGACUUUCCAGCGUCUGAGCUAAGCCUCCUGGGUCACUGGGCCCGCUGACACGUCCCCGUGCCUGGCAUGCACCUGACGAGCUUAGGAGGCACUGAAGAACUCGGGACGAUGUCUGGGGAAUUGCCACUGAACAUCAACAUCCAGGAGCCUCGAUGGGAUCAGAGCACUUUUAUCGGGCGAGCCAAUCACUUCUUCACUGUGACGGAUCCCAGGAACAUUCUGUUAACAAACGAACAACUGGAGAACGCAAAGAAAAUAGUACAUGACUACAGACAAGGAGUUGUCCCUCCGGGUCUUACAGAGAACGAGCUGUGGAGAGCCAAGUACGUGUACGACUCUGCCUUCCACCCGGACACUGGCGAGAAGAUGGUCCUGAUCGGGCGGAUGUCGGCCCAGGUGCCCAUGAACAUGACCAUCACCGGCUGCAUGAUGACCUUCUACAGGACCACUCCAGCCGUGCUGUUCUGGCAGUGGAUUAACCAGUCCUUCAACGCCAUCGUCAACUACACCAACAGAAGCGGAGAUGCCCCUCUGACUGUGAAAGAACUGGGAACAGCUUACGUUUCUGCGACAACUGGUGCUGUGGCCACCGCGCUGGGGCUGAACGCGCUCACCAAGCAUGUGUCUCCGCUCAUUGGACGUUUCGUGCCCUUCGCGGCCGUCGCCGCUGCCAAUUGCAUUAACAUUCCACUGAUGCGGCAAAGGGAGCUCAAAGCUGGCAUUCCGGUCACCGACGACAGUGGGACCCGCUUGGGUGAGUCGACGCACGCUGCCCAGCAGGCCAUCUCCCAGGUGGUCGUCUCCAGGAUCCUCAUGGCGGCCCCGGGCAUGGCCAUCCCUCCGUUCAUCAUGAACACUCUGGAGAAGAAGGCCUUCCUGAAGCCCCUGCCCUUCUCCCUUUCCCUUGACCCUCCUGCUGUUCCUCUUCCCUGGAGGAGUCUCCGUGGGGACCAGGAGGUUCCCGUGGCUGAGCGCGCCCAUCCAAGUCAGCCUCGUGGGCUUCUGCUUGGUGUUCGCCACGCCCCUGUGCUGUGCCCUGUUUCCUCAGAAAAGUUCCAUGUCUGUGACAAGCUUGGAGGCCGAACUGCAAGCCAGGAUCCAAGAGAGCCAUCCUGAACUGCGGCGCGUGUACUUCAAUAAGGGGCUGUGAAGCGGGACAGAAACCUCGCCAGCUGAUCCUGCCAGCUGCAAGCCCACCCUAGCCCUGUCGGUGAGGAAGGCCCUGGUCAGCCUGGCUCUCCCGGCUUCUCCAAGCUCCACGUUAGCCUUUUAGAGUAAACCUGCUGUGACAACGCUGCCCCUGGCCCGGGCCAGCGCCUGACACCCAUCAGCCCCUCACGUUUGAAUCACGUUCAACUUAGCACCCUUCCCGUAGCUUUCAGAGACUGCUUUUCAAACACGAUACCCCAGCCUGUGCCGAGGGUUUCAGAAAGGUCCUGCGGGCACUGAGUGGGAGCUCAGGAUGGGCUUGGUGAAUACUUGCAGAUGACCAGUCCAGUCCCCGUCCCACUUGUGCUUCCGACAAGGCCACCUCAGCCACGAGCUGGCAGCGCAGGCAUUCGCUCCCGGUGCUGAGGGGCGCUGCUUCCUGUGCGGGCAGUGGGCAGGCCUGACGUGGUGGCGCAGACUCUGGAAUUGUAGGUAAGGCGCCUUCACAGAGCUCCGGAAGCACAGCCACGGGCCAGGGCAUCUCACCCCGCGGCCGACGGUUGGGCACAUUCAUAUCGUCGGUGCAUUUUCUUGAUUGACUUUUAUUCUUAUAAACAUGUUGAUCUUA